UCUCUCUUCUCUACAUCUUCUUCAACUCGACCCGUCUGGACCGCCGCGCCGCCCACAGAGGAGGAGGUCAUUAUCAAACCAAUCUUCAGCUGAAGUCACUUUCAUUCUCUUUAGUCUCGCCCUCUCCCGUGGAGAUUUAGAAGAAGCAAGAAGACGCCUAAAACGAUGUCUUACGACGACGUGGAGAUCGAAGACAUGGAGUGGAACCAGGAGCUCCAGGCGUAUACGUACCCAUGUCCAUGCGGAGACUUGUUUCAGAUCACCAAGGAAGAUCUCAAACUCGGCGAGGAGAUCGCUCGUUGCCCAAGCUGUUCGCUUUACAUCACUGUCAUUUAUAAUCUCGAGGAUUUUGCCGGAGAUUCUGACCAGAAAAUGAAGAAGGCCGUUGACCCGCCUAAACCUAUCGCCGUUGCCUGAAAUUCAGUUCAAUGUUGAAAGAGGUGAAAAGGGUUGCGAAGCAUGAAACAAAGAAGUCCGAGGAAAAAGAAUAACUUAGAGAUAAUCAAAUCUGAAAUAGUGAGGAAAAAGAACAAGAAGAGUUGGGAACAAGGAGUGGGAAAAAGGGAAACGUAGUGCUCCAAGCCUUUUGUCGAUGUUUCCAGAGAUUGAGAACUUGGCAAGCAUGGUUUCAGGAAGCAAAGACAAUGAAGAUCGCCAUGAGCCAGGCGCGAGCUUCCCCCGGGGUUGCAUUAAUGCAAAUUAUAGAGGAUGGAAACCUAUGUAUUUCUAAACCAUUUACUGGGCCUUAUUUUUCUGUUAGUAAGCAGGAUUGGUUUAAGAUACCAAUACUUUUAACAGUUUGACACAAAGCAAGCAAGGUUUUGCUAUCAUUUUUCAUUUAAACAAGUGCACCUUAAUUUGCCAUCAUGUUUGUUCUUCUGGGUUGCGCUGUAAAUGGUUAGUUUACUAGAAAACUGGACCUG